ACAAUACAAGAUGGCAAUGCAGAAUGACAAUGUAAAUAACAAUAUGCAAAACGAUGAUAAUUUACCAGAAGUCAUAGAUAUGACAUGCAACUUGCAUCAACCUAGUCUCGAGGAACUUGCCUCUGUUAUGAACUUAAGUUUGGCUCAUCACUUUAAUCAUGUCGCCGUCAAUGUAGUUGAAUGUCCUAAUCUGUUGACUAGUCCGUAUUUUCUUCCCGCACCGGGAAUAUGUGGCGACGCGCAAGUAAUAGAAUUUGGUAAUCACGAACAUUUAUAUAACCCGUCAAAAAAUAAGAGAGUAUCAUGGAUUCUUCCACAAUACAUAAAUCAAUAUACCAGCGGGACUUGCCACGUCAUUGGAAACACUAUGUCUCGCGGGAUACCUAAUAAAGAUGUCGGUAUGAACUUUGUGUAUUCGUCGGAAAGAGCUUUCCAUAAGAGAGAAAGCAAUUACAUUUUUCUAAACGAAGAAGGACAGGUCGAGACAAAAUUUAUAUCUGAUUCCUGUCCUGUUCUUUGCGAUCUCUAUGGUAGCGUUUACGUUUGCAAUGGCAAGCGGGAUAAGGUUCUUGAAGUGUACGUAAAAGAGGAUCGCAAAUAUGGUCCUCAUAUGGAAAUUUUGACCCAAAUGUGGAACGCAAUUAGCUAUCGUUAUAACAUGGCAGCUACUUGUGUCGGCUUGAGCGGACUGCUUUUUAUAAGCAGUGGAAAGUUACUAGCUUCCGUUAUGCCACGAACCUUUCCGCAAACUCUGUUGCAAAAUAAGGAAGAAAUUAAUAAUUGGAACCGUAAUUUUAAAAUUUCCGCACCUAUGGUAGUUCAUAGCACAAUGUUUAACUCGAAAAAAUUAAAUAUUAUAUAUAACGAACGGUUAUAUGACAAAAAGUUUUGUACGGUUAACUCGCUCAGUAGCCAUAUAUUACGGAACCCUAAAGAAAAACUCAUAGCUAGUAGAUUGUUUAAAAAUAUCACUGCACGGAUGGAAUGCAGAGGAUAUUUCAAUGUAGUGUCUAAGCUCCAUCGCGUUGGAGCUGAAGUGAAGGACUCCCCAAAUUGAUUUUUAAUUUCCAUUUCUGUGUUCCAAGCAACGUGGCCGAUAAUAUUAUAAAUAAAAUCUUAUACAAACUACCCUCAUUCCUCUUAAAACAUUAAAAUCCUUUAACAUUUAAUAAAGUCAAUUUCCUUUUCCAAGCAUUUUCUAAAUUUAUAAAAAAGACCUACAUUUAGUAUCUUUUUA